AUGGUGCAUUUUACUAGUGAGGAGAAGGCUGCUAUCACUAAUGUGUGGAGCAAAAUAAAUGUGGAAGAGGCUGGAGGCGAAGCACUGGGCAGGCUUUUGGCUGUCUAUCCCUGGACCCAGAGGUUCUUUGACAACUUUGGCAACCUGUCCUCUUCCUCUGCCAUAAUGGGAAAUCCUAAGGUCAAAGCUCAUGGCAAGAAGGUGCUGACCUCCUUUGGAGAUGCAAUUAAGAACAUGGACAACCUCAAGAGUACCUUUGCAAAACUGAGUGAGCUGCAUUGUGACAAACUGCAUGUGGAUCCUGAGAACUUCAAGCUCUUGGGCAACGUGCUGGUGAUCAUUCUGGCUUCUCAUUUUGGCAAGGAAUUCACCCCUGAUGUGCAAGCUGCUUGGCAGAAGCUGGUGGCUGGUGUUGCCAAUGCUCUGGCCCACAAGUACCACUAA